GCGCUCGGUUGUGAGCGAGCGAGUGCGUGCGAGCGAGUGCCAUGGCCGGAGCCCGCUGAGAGCCACAAUAGGAGCGCGACCCCGACGCCCACCGGGACCCUCCGCUCGCUCUUCUUCCCCCGCGCCAGCGCCGCCGGCGGAACCCGCGCUCCCGCCCUGCCCGGCACUGCCCCCCCCUUCUCAGCGCCCGCCGCUCCCCCUCGGCUCGGCUCGGCUCGGCUCUGCUCGGCGGCUCCCCCCCCACCACCCCACACCACCCCGCCUCGCAGGGCCCUUCUCCGGGAAUGUGAAGAGGCAGCGGCACCGCAGGCAGCGGGGAGUGCACGGGACUGAGCGGAGCCGCCCGCGCCUGAACCCGCCGCCGACGCCGCCCUGCGCCGGGGAGGCCCCGCCGCCGCCGAGGCCGAGGCCUACAGGGCUCCUGCGCCGCCGCGGCAGCGACCGAGCCCGGCGAGAACCGCACUCGGGCCGCCGCCGCCGCCAGGCAUCGGCCGCGCUCCGCCAAGGCCGCCGCCGCCUCCCUCCGUCUCCGGCUUCUCUACCCGGGAGCGUCAAGUAGGGAUAUGUCCUCAGCACCAACUACUCCUCCAUCAGUGGAUAAAGUAGACGGAUUUUCUCGGAAGUCCGUCAGAAAAGCCAGACAGAAGAGGUCACAAAGCUCCUCCCAGUUUAGGUCUCAGGGCAAGCCUAUCGAGUUAACUCCCCUGCCUCUGCUAAAAGACGUUCCAUCUUCAGAGCAGCCUGAACUGUUCCUAAAGAAACUUCAACAGUGCUGUGUCAUUUUUGACUUCAUGGACACGCUUUCAGACCUUAAAAUGAAAGAAUACAAGCGCUCCACUCUUAAUGAACUGGUGGACUACAUUACAAUAAGCAGAGGCUGUUUGACAGAGCAGACUUACCCUGAAGUAGUUAGAAUGGUAUCUUGCAAUAUCUUCAGAACUCUCCCACCUAGUGACAGCAAUGAAUUUGAUCCAGAAGAAGAUGAACCCACCUUGGAGGCAUCGUGGCCACAUUUACAGCUUGUAUAUGAGUUUUUCAUACGAUUUUUGGAAAGCCAAGAAUUUCAGCCCAGCAUUGCCAAAAAGUACAUAGAUCAGAAAUUUGUAUUGCAGCUGUUGGAGCUGUUUGACAGCGAAGACCCUCGAGAACGAGACUACCUAAAAACAGUCUUGCACAGAAUUUAUGGCAAGUUUCUGGGUCUUAGAGCAUUUAUCCGAAAACAGAUUAAUAAUAUUUUUCUACGAUUUGUUUAUGAAACUGAACACUUCAAUGGCGUAGCUGAACUGUUGGAAAUUUUAGGAAGUAUUAUCAAUGGUUUUGCUUUACCUCUGAAGGCAGAGCAUAAACAGUUUCUGGUGAAGGUGCUGAUCCCUUUACACACCGUCAGGAGUUUAUCACUCUUCCAUGCACAGCUGGCGUAUUGCAUAGUACAGUUUCUGGAGAAAGACCCCUCGCUCACAGAACCGGUCAUUAGAGGUUUAAUGAAAUUCUGGCCAAAAACCUGCAGUCAGAAAGAGGUUAUGUUCCUAGGAGAGCUGGAGGAAAUCUUGGAUGUAAUUGAACCAUCACAAUUUGUCAAAAUCCAGGAACCGUUGUUUAAACAAAUUGCCAAGUGUGUCUCUAGCCCUCAUUUUCAGGUGGCUGAAAGAGCGCUGUAUUAUUGGAAUAACGAGUACAUCAUGAGUUUGAUAGAGGAGAACUCAAAUGUUAUACUUCCCAUCAUGUUUUCCAGCCUUUAUAGGAUUUCUAAAGAGCACUGGAAUCCGGCUAUUGUGGCUUUAGUCUACAAUGUGUUGAAGGCAUUUAUGGAAAUGAACAGCACCAUGUUUGACGAGCUGACAGCCACUUACAAGUCAGAUCGUCAGCGUGAGAAGAAGAAAGAGAAAGAACGUGAAGAACUGUGGAAAAAACUGGAGGAUUUGGAAUUAAAGAGAGGUCUUAGACGUGAUGGAAUAAUUCCAACUUAACAAAAAAACAAAACAGCAUUAUUAACCUGUGGAGUCACACAUUUAUGUAGUAGAAGAUGGAGCAACAGUUUUCUGUAUUGUGCAACUUUACAGUAGAUUUCACAUUUGUUUCAUUAUUACAACAGCACUGUAUAUACCUGUCUCUAAGUAAAGGAAAAAAAUAAGGACUUUAAUCCAAAGUUUGGACAACAGAUGGACUUCUCAGAACUUUGCAAACAUAAUCAUUGUUUUAACCCUUCUUUAAAACCAGUCUUCAAAGAUCUGUUGAUGAAAAUUGCAAUGUCAAAUUCCAUUGUCAGGACCUGUUCCUUAUUUAUCAUUAGCAGAGAGUAUAAUACAACUUUCAAAUGUGAACAAUCUUAAAAUUUAGCUUGUCUUUCUGCUAAACUGUUACGUGUAUUUAUAGUAAAAGAGAAAAAAGACUGUCAUUUCCUUAUGAGUUUGUGUAACAUCCUCCUUCUCUGGAUAACUUUACUGUAAUUUGACUUUUUUUUUCCUUUUGCACAUCUUCAUAAGUUGAAUGUCCAUUCAGAUCAGGGCCACGAAAAACACUGGUCCUGAAUAAAAGUUUUGUUUACUGGUGUGAGAAUUUUUUUAGUACCAGGCUGUCUCUGGUGCUUCCUUAAUUUGAACAUUAGGAGUUAAAAAAACAAGUAGGUGAUAAACGUAGUAGGAAGGGGAGCUUUGGAUUCGUGCACCUUUUUAUUGCAAAUCCAAAUUAGUGUCCACAAUCCUUGAAAAAAUGGGCAGUGGUAACACCCUGGACUUCGGUACCUAACCAGUAUUAGUGAUGCAGCAUUGGAGGCACGUACCAGAGUUGGGUUAGAAACACUAACUGCUAAAUUAUUACCGUAUGUUUUUAUUGGACCAUUUAGAAAGAACACACAUGCUAAACAACACAAGCGUGAAAUUGAUCUCCAGUGGUCAUGGAUCUAAUUGGAAAAUGAGUUGAGGUAGCAGUAUGGACAGUUUGGAGUUGUUGCCUUACUUUUUAAUAUGUAUUUAUAAAGUGUUCCAGCAAAAGAGGAUGUAGCCUCUAAAAAACAUACUUUCGUGUUUUUGUGGUUCUAGUACUAUUACUCAUCACAGUACCAGCCCUGUGGUCUUAGCUGGAAAGGAUUCUGGAUAAUACACUUCUGCAUUCUCAUCUGGAUGCUCAUUCCUAACUACUGUAUUUGUUACCAAAAGUGGUUCUACAAAUGCUACUGAAAAAAAAAAAAAAAAUUCUGGAAAUCCUAAUGUUCUGAGUAUUAAUAAUAAAGUUUAAAAUGCUUUUAUAUCAAAGGUGCAUUGUGACCAAAUUGUUUAAAACAAAAGAGGAAAAAAAAUUACAAAAAAAACAAAAGAAGAGGGCUGUAUUAUAAGUAUACAUUAUUGGCUAUCUGCUUUGUAUUUGAAAGUGGAAUCUUACAUCUUUGGUAGGUAAAAUGCUGAUAAGACUUAUGUACAGUAUAUAUUUAGCUAAUGCAGUUGCAUUAUUAUAUACCGGAAGGUAUGUGUUUCGGGAUUUUUCUCCAGGAUGCUUUUGAACUGUUAUAGACAUAUGACAACAGUGAAUUGAUAAUCCUAAACCAUCAAUCCAGCAGUAUUUACAGUAUAAAACUGAAUUGGUGUUCAUGAGUCUUUGUGAUAGUUGCAAACAUGAAUUUAUGACCUGUUGCCAUUGAUAGAAAUACAGUAUAAAUACAAGCUUGUAUAUUUUUCUUCCUACCAUUUAAAUAUGCAGUAGGAUUUGAAGUUUUCUUGUUUUCAGGCACGGAAAAGAGGUAAAAAAAAGAAUUCCCUCCUAGACUACUGACUGUUUCAGGAUUAUCAGGUCACAGUUUGUACUCCUCGGUCUGCGCACACAAAUGUUGUAAACACAACGUUUUGUAAGAACUUGACACUGUUAAUUCUGGAAAAAAAAAAAAAAGUGGAACUAGUCAUAUGCAACACCAAACACGACAUGGUUUUAAUGGGAUUAAUAUGAGCUUCUUUUAAGAACAUUGACUGGGACGCAAUGUAAAUUAGGCAGUUACUGUCAUAGUUGGAACAUUUUAUUUUAAAGUGCUGAAGCAAAGGUGCAAGCUGAAAUACUGAAGAUUAAAUAAAUUUAUAACAAAUCAUGUCCCUUAGCCCAUUGAUUUUGACAGUCUUUUAUUUCUGUUACCAAAAAAAAAAAAUAUAUAUUUGCUAGUGUGACUUCUGUGUGAAAUCAUCAUACAGUACAAAAGGGUGGACUCAAACUCAUGCUCAAAGACUAUGUUCCAUUGUGAAAAACUGAGAUAGAAUGGAGGAAUAAAACGUCAUGUUUUUCACCUGGUGGAGUAAAACACAACAAUGUGAAAUUAGAAAAAGCACCUUGUCCUGUACUUAGAGCUUAGGUGAGUGUUGUUUGUUCAUAACUAUUUUUGGUUUCUGACAUGUCAUCCUGCUAUUGAUCAUACGAAACUGACGAGAACCUGAUGGGUUGCAAUAUUUUGUUACCUCUGAUUGUUACCUCUGAUGUGGGGAUAGUGGGGUGUAUCUAAAGUUUAUAGAUGACUUAUCACUUCCGAGAAGGAAUGUUUAACGUGAGAACGGGACGCUGUGAUGUUAUUAGUCACUUGACUCUAAAGGCUCACCCGGCAGUAGGUUUGCACUGUGCGAUGUACCCAAAAGAAGCACUUGCCACAAUGAUACCACCGUACCCCCCGGGACCCACAGGCUGCCGCAAUCCCAGCGCCGUGUCCUGCCCUGCAGUGCUCCCGCCGCUGUCGCUCGGAGCUGCGGGCCGAGGAGGAGGCGGCACACGGGGCCCAAGUGUGUGAUCAGUGCAUCUGUUUAAUUACAGCUUUUCGUUCGCUUCUUGAGUUCCAGAAACGACCUUUUUCGUUUGUGUAAAUGUUGUUACUCACGGCUCGUCCGGCGGGCGUUGGGGUGGCCGCUCGUGUGUCCUGUGCCAUAUUGGUUUCAGGAGGAAGGGUUGGAUGCUGUCUGGUCAAAGGAAAAGAGCUGCGUUUUCGACGCUGAGGGCAUUGCAUCGGGUCAUGGGGAUGUAACAGCUGUAAAAGUAAAGUUCCUCUCAUACACUUCAAACCGAGCACACGUUGCUUUCUUCCUCCUGCAAGUCUCCCCUUAUUGUUUUUCCUUUCAUUGCUUUCGAGUGUUCUUUGUCUCCCUUCCAAAGGUUGGAAUGCUUCAAAUAAAAGUAUUCUAAUGCCAUUGGAGCGUUCA